CGUUUCUGCUUCAGUAUUAAUGUAAAUAUUCUGAUAUUACACAUAUUAUUGUUUGGUCUCACUCUCAACAAAGCGUGCCCUGCCUUGGACCUGAAAACUAUAACAACAUAUCUUUCUUGUCAAAAAUCCACCAUCUUUGGUUAUAUGCAUUGAAGUCUAAUUUCCCGCGUUGUAACGUAGAUAGCUUUUUUAGUUGUGCAGUUUAUGUAACCGGUUUAUCACAGCUGUUCUAGCUAGCUACCUAGACAGACACAUUAAAUAUAAUGUUUGUAGGUAUUUAUUGAAACGUAUAACUAACUAGGGAAUAUAUUUUAAAUAUGGCUGGGACAAUCCGAAGAUUGGACGAGACAGUAGUAAAUCGCAUUGCUGCUGGAGAAGUAAUUCAACGGCCUGCGAACGCAAUAAAGGAAAUGAUAGAGAACUGUUUGGAUGCAAAAGCUACCAGUAUUCAGGUCACCGUUAAAGAAGGCGGACUAAAACUAAUCCAGAUUCAGGACAACGGUACAGGAAUCAGGAAAGACGAUAUGGAAAUAGUAUGUGAAAGAUUUACCACAAGCAAGCUCCAGAAAUUUGAAGACUUGAGUGCCAUCUCUACCUAUGGUUUCAGGGGAGAGGCCCUUGCUAGUAUCAGCCAUGUAGCUCAUGUAACCCUAACAACCAAAACGGCUGAUGGAAAAUGUGCUUACAGAGCCAGUUACUGUGAUGGCAAACUGAAGGCACCUCCAAAACCCUGUGCAGGAAACCAGGGGACCCAGAUCACUGUGGAGGAUCUGUUUUAUAAUGUUUCCACUCGGCGAAAAGCUCUGAAGAGCCCCAGUGAGGAAUAUUCCAGAAUUGUGGAAGUGGUGAGCAGGUAUGCAAUACACAACUCUGGGAAAAGCUUUGCAGUGAAAAAGCAGGGGGAGACAACGGCAGAUGUGAGGACCCUAUCCGGUGCCUCCACUGUGGAUAAUAUCCGAGCAGUAUUCGGGAAUGCUGUGAGCAGGGAGCUGAUUGAAGUGGGAUGUGAGGAUCACAAACUUGCUUUCAAAUUGAAGGGAUUCAUCUCCAAUGCGAAUUACUCCGUCAAGAAGUGCAUCAUCUUGCUCUUCAUCAACCACCGGUUGGUGGAAUCCAGUGCUCUCAAAAAAGCCAUAGAAACCGUCUACGCUGCAUAUCUUCCCAAAAACACGCACCCUUUCCUUUAUAUCAGCCUAGAAAUCGCCCCGCAAAACAUUGAUGUUAAUGUCCAUCCCACCAAGCAUGAGGUUCACUUCCUACACGAAGACAGCAUCAUCGAGAGUAUCCAGAAACACAUCGAGAGUAAACUGCUGGGAUCCAAUUCCUCUAGAACCUACUUCACGCAGACUCUGCUCCCAGGCCUGUCCGUCUCCUCUGCUGAUCCAAAGCCCAGCAGCUCUGGUUCUGAGCCCUCGGACCGCAUCUACGCUCACCAGAUGGUCCGGACGGACUGCCGGGCCCAGAAGCUGGAUGCCUUCCUGCAGCCCACCAACAGGCCGGCCCUGGCUCCACAGUCUCAGCCGACGUUCGCCGACCAGGCCAAGGAUCCAGAGGAUCCAGCCGAAAACGGCGAGCAGCCGGAGGAUGCAGAAAUGCUGGGUGUGCUGGAGGAAGGUGGGCCCAGCGAACCAGAGGAGAUGCAGGUAGAGAGGCCUGGACCUGCUGAAAUGAGCUCCAGGAAGCGACCUCGCGUGGGCCAGGAGGGUGAGGAGCAGGAGCUCACCGCAGCCUCCAUCCCGAGGAAGCGCAAGAUCAAGCUCAGCAGCGUGAAGGAGCUGCGGAGCGAGAUCACGGAGCGAGCGCACGCAGGCCUGGGGGAAAUGCUGCAGAAUCACUCAUUUGUGGGCUGCGUGAACCCUCAGUGGUCCCUCAUCCAACACCAGACUAAACUCCACCUGCUUGACAUCACCAAGCUCAGCCAGGAGUUGUUCUACCAGAUUUUGAUGUUUGACUUUGGAAACUUUGGUGUGUUAAGAUUAUCGACGCCAGCUCCUCUCUAUGACCUGGCAAUGCUGGCCUUGGAGAUGCCUGAGAGCGGUUGGUCGGAGGAGGAUGGGCCCAAGGAGGGCUUAGCCAAUUACAUUGUGGACUUCCUGAAGAAGAAGGCCGAGAUGCUGGAGGACUAUUUCUCUAUGGAGAUUGACCAGGAUGGAAAUCUGACAGGCUUGCCUCUGCUGCUGGAUAACUACGUCCCCCCUAUGGAGGGACUUCCCAUGUUCAUCCUGAGAUUGGCCACAGAGGUGAACUGGGAUGGUGAGAAGGAGUGCUUCCAGGACUUCAGCCAGGAGUGCAGUGAGUUCUACUCCAUCAGGAAGAGGUUCAUUGUGGAGGAAUCACCUGGGGCUCAGCACAGUGUGGAGGAGCCAGGCUCUAGUGGCUCCUCUUGGAAAUGGAACGUGGAGCAUGUCCUCUUCAAAGCCUUCAGGACACUGCUCAGCCCUCCCAAGCACUUCACUGAGGAUGGCACUGUCCUUCAGAUCGCCAAUUUACCUGACCUUUACAAAGUGUUUGAGAGGUGCUGAACUGCCACUCCUUCAGAAAGAACAUUGUUCCGUGGCUUCUUACUGGAUUACUUCAAGCUUGGUUCUUCUUUGGUUACCUCAGAAAUACAGGUGAUAUACCUGGCUACUGUCAGAAGCCACAUGGACAUCUACAUCUACGGCAUCCAUUUCAAAACUGUGGUCCCUGAUGAACUGAACAGUCUGUUUGUUGACUACAACUGUUUCUGGACUUCUCGUCCUGAAAUAACCUGACUGCCGUUCCCUGCCCGGGGGCUUUAUUGUUGAGCAAGAUGGCUGUUGAGGGCUGCUUCCAGUUGUAACCAAACUUGUUAUGGAAUUACCUACAUUGUCAGAUGAUGAUUUGCUAGUUUGUAUUCUAUUCUAUUUUUACAAUAAAUGUUUUGCUAUAAA